AUGCCAAAGAAGCAAAAGAAGACUAGUACGGAAGAGAAGGAUAACUCUAAUAAAUCGACAAAAGAAAACAAAAAGUCGACCACAAAGAAGAAGGUAACUUCAGAUGAAUCCACAAAAGAAGCCCAAGAACCGACCAAAAAGAAGACUGAGCCAGUUAAGAAACAAAAAGGAGUGAAAAAGACAACGAAAGAUUCAACGAAUAGUGGUUUUGAUGAUUGGAAUAAGCUAAUGCCAAAGAAGAAAAAGAAGACGAGCACAGAUGACAAAAACAGCUCUAACAAGUCGACGAAAUCCAGGAAGAAAAGUAAAAAUAGAUGGUAG